UCCAUCAACGUACGUCUAUCAAUAUAUUUAACCGUGGAUGUUAAGGGAUGGCACUUGAGUCAAAGAAGUACCAAAAUCGGAUGCUUCCAAUAGAAAUUGUUGGGAUCAAAGGGUAGCUAAAAAAGCAGCUCCAACUAGAAAUUGGCAGCAUCAGAUGGCUUUGAUAAACUAGAUCUCGACAACUGUAUAAUGGGCAUGUGCCAUUUUAAGUUUUAACCUACCUGUACCUCUACCUGGAAGGCUCAUUUAUGCGGUUGCAGAUUGAGGGGCCGAGAUCAGUCCUAACGGUUACUUGCGCUGUAACACUGUUUCGCAUCGGUGUCCAACUUUUUUGUUGCUUCUUGGAAACCAAACUAAGUUUACUUUUAAUGCAUUCACACAGUUGCAUAGGACAAGCAAAAAGCUUCAUAUACUUGGGAGAGGCCCCCACCACUUCUCGUUUGUAUCUGCCAUUUCUCUUUUCCUUUUUUACAUAUAUUCCUGUCCGUCCAACUCCGAUUUCACUCUCUCCGAGCAUGACUCUGUGUUUUCCUUUUCUUUAUCUUUCCACGAAGCUGAGUUGAUUAAAAAAAAAAGGUGUUAUUCUCCAAACCCUUCAGACCCUUAAAGCUUAGUUUUUGAGUCUUUGACACAUUGGUCGGAAGGCCUGGUUCAACUCCCUAUCAUCUUUCUAACCCACCUCCUUUCCAAAAGCUUCUAUCUUCCCCAUACUUGCUUGCACCGACAGAUCCAAUCCCCAUCCUCCACAUCUCUAUCUUUCUGAUACAGACCCUUAUAUUCAUAUUAAACUUAUAUUUCUCUCCCUUUUUCUCUUUUCUCUUUCUUUGGGUGCCUUCAAGAAGCAGUGUACCAAUGAAGAUGAGUCUGGGUCUGGGUUCGGUUCUGGUUCCUCUGCUCACUCUCUCGCUUUUGGUUUCCAUUUCCAGCGCAGAGAUCUCAGGCAAGGUGGGUGUAAACUAUGGACAGCUCGGGAAUAAUCUGCCAUCACCGUCACGGUCGGUAGAGUUGAUCAAAUCCCUCAAAGCUAAGCGAGUGAAAAUCUAUGAUGCCAAUCCAGAAAUCCUCAAAGCCCUAAAAAACACAGACAUUCAAGUCUCGAUCAUGGUCCCCAACCAGCUCAUUUCCAACAUCUCCCACAACCAAACCCUCGCCGACCAGUGGGUCCUAUCCAACGUCGUGCCCUUUUACCCGGAUACCAUGAUCCGGUACCUUCUCGUUGGAAACGAAAUCCUUAGCUCCUACUCCGACACACAAACCUGGUACGAUCUCGUCCCCGCCAUGCGCAAAAUCAAGAACUCCCUCAGAGCCCAUGGAAUUCGUAAGAUCAAGGUUGGGACUCCAUCCGCCAUGGACGUCCUUGAGUCGUCAUUUCCACCUUCCAACGGUACGUUCCGGUCCGACAUCGCUUCUCGGGUCAUAAAACCCAUGUUGCAGUUCUUGAACCGAACCAAAUCCUUCUUCUUCCUGGAUGUGUACCCCUACUUCCCUUGGUCUACGGACCCCAUCAAUAUCAAACUAGACUAUGCUCUGUUCGAGUCCAAGAAUACCACGUACUGGGACCCGGUUUCGGGAUUGACGUACACCAACCUCUUCGACCAAAUGGUGGACGCUGUCAUUUUCGGUAUGAAGAGACUCGGUUACCCUGAUAUUCGUAUCUGGAUCGCCGAAACGGGUUGGCCCAACGGCGGUGACUAUGACCAGAUUGGUUGCAAUAUCUACAACGCUGCAACUUACAAUCGCAACGUGGUAAAGAAAUUUACAUCGGACCCUCCAGUCGGGACGCCGGCUCGUCCGGGUAGGGUGCUGCCGUCUUUCAUAUUCGCUCUGUACAACGAGAACCAGAAAACAGGUGCCGGUACUGAGCGGCAUUUUGGGUUGCUAAAUCCGGACGGGUCGAAUGUGUACGAGAUGGACCUGUCAGGAGAGACGCCGGAGUCGGAAUACAAGCCAUUACCGAAGCCGACGAACAACGAACCGUACAAGGGAAAAAUAUGGUGUAUGGUGGCGAAGGUGGCAAAUAUGAGCGAGGUGGGAUCGGCGUUAUCGUACGCAUGCUCGCAGGGAAACAAAACAUGUGACCCGAUCCAACCGAGGGGAAGGUGUUACAAACCCGAUUCGUUGUUUUGGCAUGCGAGCUACGCGUUUAGUUCUUAUUGGGCUCAGUUCAAAAAGGUGGGUGGGACCUGCUACUUCAAUGGGCUCGCCACUCAAACAAUCAAGGAUCCAAGUUAUGGAUCGUGCAAGUUUCCCGGUGUAACACUAUGAAGGAGAGAGAGAUAGUCAAUACAACCCGGCUUUUGGUUGUAUCUGUUUGGCCAGCUGGCCGACUGGCUGGCUGGCCUGCCUCUGAUUUUAUUUAUUUAUUUACAAUUAAAAAAGGUAGGACUUAUUCCGGUGCGGGAUACAGCUUAGAUAACACCCCCCCAAAUAAGGAUUCAUUAGAUUGGACCCCCAAAGCACUCUUCAGGUACCUGCAACCUUCCAACGGCUAUAUGUUUUUGUCGAUAGUUAACGGCUACUUUUGUUUCCUUUUA